ACCACCAAUCAAGCUCAGAAGCAUAUAGAGAGAUAUUAUAGUAACGAUAACCAAUGGAAGUACUACGCUGAAUUACCGGAACCACGUCACCAUCAUGCGGUUGCCUUUUUAGGUGGGAAAUUAUAUUUAAGUGGUGGUACAGGCGCAAAAAAGACCUUCACAAAAAGGCACCCUCUACCUUUAAAGAAAGUGUUCCAGUUUGACCCUGGUCAAAAGGUGUGGAGAGAAUGUGCUCUAAUGAACAGUUCGAGGAUGUAUCAUAAAAUGUGUGCUUUAUAUGGAAUGCUAUACGCAAUUGGCGGUCAAGAUGAAAAAACACGUGUUUUAGCCAGUGUAGAAUGCUACAAUAAUAAAACCAAUAGCUGGAUAUAUGCACGUCCUAUGAAUUCAGCUAGAAUGGGUUUUGGAGCUGCUGUUAAUGAUGGAAAGAUUUAUGUUGCUGGAGGCCAUGGUGAACACCUUGACAAAAAAACGGAGCUACCAAUUCUUCAGUCCGUAGAAGCGUUUGAUCCCAGAACGAACCAGUGGGUAACGAUGUCUGAUCUGCGUAUUCCAAGAUGUUUCUGUUGCCUGGUAUCUAUUGGUUCCGGCUUAUACCUUUGUGGUGGUGCCAGUAGUUCUUAUCCUGCAGCAAAAGACGGAACCUUUUCUAGUGUUGGUUUAAUAGAAAUGUUCGAUCCAGCGAAAAAUAAAUGGGAAUUUAAAGCAGAGAUGGGCUUACCUAGACAUCACCAUGGAGUCGCUGUUAUAGGAACAAAGAUAUUUUUAGUUGGUGGAAUGUCAACAACGAACUUUCAAACCCUUAAAUCGGUAGAAUGUUUUGAUACUGUCACGGAAACUUGGGAUAAUUCUGUUCGAGAUAUGCCGAUGCCAGCUAAAUGGAUCUGCUGUUCUGUUUUACCAGUUGCUAAACAUUAAUGAUCGAUCUCCCUAAUCUAAAAGUACACAGCCUUUUUUCGUUGGAGUGAACAAUUGAAGUGUUCUUUUAAUUCAUGUUAAAGUGAUAUAUAAUUUGUUUUACCGGGUGGAUAUCUAUGUAUAUUAAUUUGUUUUGUUCUGUUCUGUUUGGUGGAAAUCUUUGUAUAUUAAUUUAUUGUGUCGGAUGGAAAUCUAUCUAUAUAUUGAUUCUGUUCUGUUGAAAAAAAAUCUUCUGCAUUAAUCAGUUCUGAUGGAUGAAAAUAUUUCUAUAUUAAUUUGUUUAAGCGGGUGAGAUCAGUAGUGUCGCGGCUGUGAUUAACUGAAUUCAGAAUAUAUAGCGGAUUCUUUUUUUUCUACAGUCAACGAAAAAAAGGAAGAAACAAAAACAAAAGAGUAAUAACCAAUCUGAAUGCAGUCUUCUGUAUACCGAAAAAAAAUUGAAUCAGAUAGAACCCGU